AUGUCGACAAUCAACCGUCUACCAGUAGACAUCCACCUCGCCAUCAUGGAAAGAUUGAAACCCGAACAUAUCCAGCCAUGGAUUCGAGCAAGUCCCGACGCACUCAGAUGCUUUUCCUCCUUCAGCUUCAGGAUUCUAAAGAAAUAUAUCCGGGCGAUAGGCCUGAUUUCCGAUCUCCAAACUAAGGUCUCCGACUACGAGUUGCAGAGCGUCGAGAUCCACGACACGUCCGACCCUUCGGCCGGCCCCAAAUUUGGCGUCACAUCCGAGACCACUAGCCUCGGUUGGCCAACGACCCAGAACACCACACUGGCUCUACUGAGGCUCCUUGUAGAAGCCCGCGCUCAUAGACCCAAGGUCGAUCGUCUUCACUCCAGCCUCUGGUGGGACGCAACACUUGACCAACAAUUGUGGGAAGAUGAAUGCAGACUUAACUCGAUGUUUGUCGAUUUGUUCAAAAGGAGCCCAGAGAAUCGCACCACAGAAAUGUUCAUGGCGAUGUUUGAGGAUUUCAUCCCGACAUAG